AUGGCAAACAAGUGGUGGAAGUCGACUCGAGCUUUGGUUCAGUUGAAAUUAGGGGAAGCAGUCCCCAUUUCUUGGGAGUAUUUCAAGAGAAUCUUUCUGGAUCACUUUUUCCCACGAACUCUUCAGGAGUCGAGAGCUCGCCAAUUUAUGGACCUUACUCAAGGAUCAAUGACGGUAGCACAGUAUGCUACGACAUUCAUGGAGCUUUCUCGUUUCGCUAGUUACUUAAUUCCAGAUGAGGAAAAGAAGGCUGAAAAAUUUGAGUGUGGACUGUCACCCACCAUUGCUGAAGAAGACCUCCAAGAAAACAUUGAGUACAACAGCCAAAGGAAGCGCCAGCAACAGCAACAACUCCAAGCAGUGUCGCAUAAGGACAAGAGGCCUCACAUCGAGAAUCGUCAAGGGCAACCACCAGCAGGGCAAGCUUACCCCACGUGUGCAACAUGUGGGAGACGACAUUUGGGAAAGUGUAUGUAUGGCCAGAACGUGUGUUUCAAGUGCGGGAAGCCAAACCAUCUAGCUCGGGACUGCCCAAUUAAGAAACUUAGGGAACCAAGUAGGAACGGAGGAGAGAAGACGCAGGCUAUAGCGAGGGUUUAUACCCUUACCCCUGUUGAUGCUGAAGCAUCAAAUGAUGUAGUCACAGGCAAAUUAUCGUUGUUUUCACGUCAUGCCUCCAUAUUAUUCGACUCUGGUGCUACUCAUUCUUUCAUUUCAAAUCACUAUGCACCUUUGGCUGAAAAGAUACCUGAACCACUAGAACCUAGUAUGUAUGUUGCUACGCCCUCGGGGGAUCAUAUUAUUUGUGAUUCUAUGCUAAUUGGAUGUCCGAUAAAGAUUCAAGGGAGAAUUCUACCUGCAGACUUAAUCAUAUUUAAUAUGUCCGAAUUUGACGUGAUUCUUGGAAUGGACUGGUUAUUCUGGAACCAUGCCUCUGUGGACUGCUUUAAUAAGAGAGUAGUCUUUAAAUCCACAGAUGGGGAGGAGUUUAGUUUUCAGUCAGUACGAGAAACUUCCCCUCCUCGUGUAAUCUCAGCUUUGCAGGCCACCUGA